GGUCAGCAGGUAGGGAGCAGUUGUAUUCUCUUCCCUUGUUAUUUCCCUUAUCAUUAUUAUCAUUGGUGGUAGCAGCAGUGAUUUGUGUUACACCUUAGUUACUGGACUGUUCUUAUCUCAACCCAUGGGAGUUACAUCCUUUCGAUUCUGCUCCCCAUCCCUCUGGGAGCAGGGGGGAGGAAGAAGAGGGGGAAGUGAGUGAGCAUCUGUGUGGCUCUCAGUUACCGGCUUGGCUUAAACCAUGACAUGGAGGAACAAUCCUCAUCAGCCACCAAACUGAUCCCUCUUCCUGCCCCAGCACCAGCUGCCCAGCUUUGUUUCCCUGCACACCAGAGUACUGAAUGCAUGUUGUACUGUGCAUCCUUGUACUGAAAGCACAAAGCAGGUACCAGUCUGGGGUGAGUAAAAGCUGCCUACUUGGCUUUGCCAGGAGAGCUUGGGUGAUGACUGCACUCCUGGCUGGAUCAUGGUGCAGAGCACUUCAGGUCCUGAAAGCACAGAUUUGCACUGCAGAGGUUGGUUGAGGCAGAACAUGCCCUCAGCACUAACGAGGGAGCAACAUUUCAGAUGUUGGUAAGGCUUGAAGAAUGCAUUCCUGUACACACUUUAUGCAGUGGCAGACUUACCGCAUCAGGAAAAGAGACCUGAAGGCCCCUAAGAGUUUACUAGAGAAAUCAGUCAUCCACGGAGGAAGUUUCUUCCAAGCCCUCCUAUUGAGAGAUUUAUUUAUAGCCAGAAGCACAAGCAUUUUAUAACCCUUGUUGAAAAUAAAGUACCAUGGAUGCAUCAUAUUUUUAAGCAUUAGCCUCAGCAGUAUCUUGUGGAUGAGAGUUCUUUUGGUUCACUCUAUGAAGUGCCUGCCUUUACCAGUGUUAAAUGAGUGUCCCUGUUGCUCUCACUAGCUAUGUCCUCAUUCUCAUGGUAAGAGCAGAUGCUGGAAGAGGUGGGGAACCAGAGCACAACACAAACUGCACAACAUAUUACUGAAGCGAAUGGGGUUCACAGCUGAUUGCUGAAACAUGGGUUUAUGUUUCAACAGCUGCUGAAUGAUAAGAGCGGUGGCCUGGAAGAAAAAACUCAUGUUUUGCUUGCAUUAACUGGAUGUUAUUUGGACUCGUGAAUCAACCCCUCCCUCUCCUUCCCAGCCACUUACAGAAGGGACCUCUAAACCCUUCAUCAGGAUGAACAAGAUCAAGGGAGCUUUUGAAAGCCCAGAGUUUUGGAGCCCAGGUCACACACGGAGCACCCCCUUGAUCAGUGUGGCACCACCAUUUGCAUUUGGCUAGCAGGCCAUGGACAAAGCCCCGAAUGCAGUCAUUAUUGUGGCCCUCUUCAUCGUCAUGGUAUCUCUGGGGUGUACAAUGGAGAUAGCUAGGAUCACAGCUCACCUCAGGAAACCCAAAGGAGUGGCAACUGGAACAGCCCAGCAUGGCAUCAUGUCCUUGACAGCAUUUGUGCUGGGCAAGCUGGGUGCUACAGAAUCCCUGGCCAUCCUCAUCUGUGGUUGCUGCCCAGGGGGAAACCUCUCCAACAUCUUUAGUCUGGCACUGAGAGGGGACAUGAACUUCAGCAUUGUAAUGACCUCAUGUUCAAUGCUCCUGGCAAAACUAAUGCCUCUGCUUCUGUACCUUUACUCGGGAGGACUAUAUGAGGGUGAUUUGGAGGGCAAGAUACCUUACAAAGGGAUAAUCACAUCCCUGGUGCUGCUGCUAAUCCCCUGUGCCAUCAGCAUCAUCUUGAAUAAGAAGAAACCACAGUACACUGGCUUUAUCAUCAAGGCAGGGAUGGUUCUGCUGCUAGUGUCAUCUGCUGCAAUAAUUGUUCUUUCUGUGGCCAAUAUGGGAAGCAAUAUCAUGGUUGUCUUCUCACCAUCCCUCCUGGGAUCUUCUGCCUUGAUGCCUUUUAUUGGAUUCCUGCUGGGCUAUGCUCUCUCUGCAGUCUUCAAGCUUAAUGACCGAUGCAGGUGGACAGUGUGCAUGGAAACGGGCUGCCAGAACAUUCAGCUUUGCUCUACUAUCCUCAAGGUUGCCUUUGCCCCAGAAAUCAUUGCCCCCCUGUACUUCUUCCCACUACUCUACUUGCUGUUCCAGCUUGGAGAAGGACUUCCGCUUAUCCUGGUCUUUAGGAUCUAUGACAGAAUAAAGAGAUCAAGUGGCAAGUACAGCUUUGCUGCUGCAUUUUGUACACUUUCCAGUCCAAACUGCAUACAUUUAAAGUACAACUACCAAUGA